AACUGUUGGUGACAAGCCUUUACCCUCCAGUUGGGAGUGAGUGGGGGGAGCCCUCUGCUGAAAAAGCAGAGAGCCAGGGAGGUGACUCAGGAUCAGUUAGGGCAACAGGAUAGCCUCGAGGGCGAGAAUACGGGCUCUGAGGCCAGACUGCCUGGUACCAGUCCUAAUCCUGUGCAGUCUUAGGCAAGUUGCUUAACCUUUCUGAGCUUUAGUUUCCUUCCCUAUAAAAUGAAACCUAAUAAAUUAUACCUGCUUGUUAGGGUUGUUACGAAGAGUAACUGAAUCCGUACACCUUAAGGGGUUGGAACAAUGCCUGCACAUGACCAGUCUUGAUAAAUAGCUACUGCUGUGAUGACUGUUAUGGGGAGGUGUCAAGAAAUGAAACUUUCACAGAGUUGCUGUGAGGACGGUUAAAGAGAAAAUGCAGUUGUUGUUGUUGCUUCUUACACAAAUGCUUUUGUGCUGUGAGUUCCUAGAUGAGUGGUUUUCUCCCUGGUGUUCCCGUAAGGCAGAAUCCUUUACCCCCAUGUGGCCUAUAAGUGAAGUUUCUUGACCCCAAAUCCUAGAACAUCCCAGCAUGGGGGGGUCCUGGGGAUCAUGCCUUCUUGGACCUGUGUCGUGGCCAGGAACGUGACAGGCAGAAUUGGACCAGACCACCCACAGCUCCCCUGCAAGAGCGUGGAGAGUGAGGUCCCAGCACCAAGCCGAGCGUGACUAAGAUGCGUCAUCCUCAGUUGACAGGGAAGCUGGAUGGGCGAGGGCAGGACUUGUGGCCAGGCGCCUCCUAGACCCCCGUACUCAGGUGUUUUAACAUGUCCCAAACUGAGCUCCUGCGCUGGCCCCUCUGCUCCCCCAGUUUCCUUCCCUCAGUAAAUGCCCCCAUUUACCCAGUUGCUCCUAUAACCAGGAGCCCCACUCACCCUUCCUUGGCUCUCAGUUCGCGAGCCCAGUCAGUCUCCAGUGCUGGCCGCGUUGGCCCUCUGGGCUGCAUGUCAGACCCGGCACCCCUCAGUGCCAUUGCUGUGGGUCAGGCCUCAACUCUUAGCUGGAAAGUCACAGCAACAUCUUCUCCGGUGUCCCCGUGUCCCCUCCUGCCACCUCCAACCGUCCUCACUGCAGCCAGAGUGAGCUUUCUAAUGUGAAAGCCUAGCCCCAUGCCCUCCACGGCCACCCGCCAUGUCCCUGUCCCACUCCCAGUGCUUUGGCCUGGUGCUCAGGCCUGGCCUUCUUGUCUCCCCUCUGCCUGCUCGCCCUGUUUUACGCUUCAGCAGCACAGGGGCGGCCCUGCUCUCUCCUCUGCGUGCCAAGUUCCUGCUGCUGCUGUAGGGCCAAGCUUCGGUGUCACCUCCUCCACUUGCCAGCCUCCUCUGAGAAGCCUCUGGACCUUUGCUGGCUGGGCUCUGUAUGUACCCGCAACCCUUUUUUCAGACGGUUCUGCGAGGCCUGUCACACUGAGUUCUCAUUACCAUGUCCUUGUCAGUCUACACACUAGCCCUCGGGGGGCGGGGGCUGGGUCUUUGUCACCUGUGACCCCAGUACCUGGUGCCCUCCCUGGCGUAUUGGAUAUUUGUCGAGUGAAUGUGUGAGUGAACAUUGAAUUUUGAAACUAAAGGAGGAAAGGAAUGUGAAGCCCUCAGCGUCAUGCCAGGUGCUCAGAAGUCGUCAGCGGCUGGUAGCUGUCCUGACAGUGUUGUUAGGGUGUGUGCACAGGUGCACGAGUACUAUUAUCAUAAUUGCUCCUUUUUAUUGUUAAUAAUAGUCAUCAGUAAUUUCUUCGGAGAACAUUCUGGGCAUUUUAUGCUUGUUGGGCUUUCUUUGGGGAAGGGUUUGUCUUUGCUUCUGUGCUUCUGCUCCACCUCUCGUCCCCUUUCCCUGUCCGCCAGAGAGCCACACAGCCCUGGCUGUGCAGGAGGCUGUAGCCACAGCUGAGCGGAGAUCAGCCUCAGGCUGGAAGUAACCAGAAACCGGUCCUGAACUCAAAUUGGGAGAACCAGGUUAUCGAUUGAAUGGCUUUGGGAUCGCGCAGGUUCUGCUGCAGUGCGGACCCCUUUCCAGGUUCUUGACCUCGGUGGCCGUGGUUCGGCUCACUCUGGCAGCGCAGGCUCUUCUGCGCCAGCCCCUGCUGUGGCCUGAGGGAGGGGAGUGGUUGCUGCAGUGACCUGGGCACCAGUCUCCUGCUGAGGAUGCUGUGGGGAUGCAGACGGCUGGGACACGGCAGGGACACAGGCUUCUCCUCUGAAGCCUUUCCGUCCCCAGCAAGCCUUCACCUUCCUGGGCCCAGGGCCCCUGCGAAACCCUCCCCCAGCCCACCCAGAAGGAUGUUUCUAGAGCCUUAAGCAAGCUGGCAGGCCCUGGAUUAGCUGUAUGGAGCAGGUUGCCCCACCUCUCCCGUCUCCACCCUUCCUGGGAGGAAGCGGGGGCCUGCUCUCGGGGCAGCGAAAACCCACUGACUCACCGCUGACUUUGCGUCACAGACGCCCGUCUGUAGCAAGAGUCUUAUUACUGCCCUUGAGCAAUCUGCAAGGUGUGUUCUCUACAGCUUUUCAGCGUUCACACCUUUAUUUUACACUUUACCUAAAUAUUGAUCUCCACAAGAGCCAAGGGGAAGUCAAGGGGAAGCCAAGAGACUUAGAAUAGUCAUAAUUUGUUGCUAGGGUAGGACACAAUUUACAAAGUACUUUUAUGAAUGUCUAUCAUCAUAAAAAUAUGCAUAGCACCUCUGACACUUGCCGUGCAUCAGCUGUCUAAUCGGCGCAGUGAUCUUAUGAGUUAGUUACUGUUACUCCCAUCUUACAGAAAAGGAAACUGAGGCUCACAGAGGUCAGGGGACCUGUCCAACGUCACACAGCAAGAAAAUGUCAGCACUGACAUUUGAACCCUAGUGUGCAGACUCACACCCUCCUCCUCAAGCUGAGGAGACAACUGACCGUGUGUCCAGGGUCCUCCGGGAAGAAGUGACCUGCUGGCCCUUUUUGUUGUGAUGACUUCUUCCUCCUGGUGCUGGGGCAGCCUCUAGGGCUCAGGCAGAAGGAGAAUUACGAGUAAAUGCUGCUGAAAAUUCUUUGUGUGGUUCCCUCACUGAGGGCAUUUCUCCAGGCUGGAGAGGGGCCCAGAGGCCCCAGACCUGAGCCUUGGGUCAUCAGUUCUAUUUCCUACAGAAGGUUCUCCCUCACUGGCAUCCCCGUCAUGGGCCGCCCGCCCGUGGACAUGCUUCGCUCGGGGAGCUCACCCCUUCCUGGGCAGCCCCGCCCUUCUCAGAAGCACCUGCUUGUCGGAAAGGCAGCUGUGAUAAGCCACAAGUGGCAGUGGAGAACCGAGGCACUGCAUGUGAGUUCAUGGCUCUGCCGCCAGGUGUGUGACCUUGGCCUCGAAACUGGCCCUUGGAGCCCCUGUCUCCUCACUGGUGAAUCCAACCAGUGGUAACAUUGACUCCCAAGACUUAGUUGUGUGGCCUCAGAGUAAGUAGACCUAGGGCCACAGGUGGAAGUUAAAGGAAAGCAUGGGCAGUGAGGGAAGUACCUGCUAUGACAUUAAGGUCUUAGGCAAAUUGUAAUUUUUUGGUUUGUUCAGAAUGAGGCAAAAUAAAGAUGGUUAAAGUGUUGGUAAACAAGAAAACCUUAAUUAUUGUGAAUCAGCUCAAAAUCUGGAUUAAAGACUACUUUUGAGAGAUGGGAGUCCACAUUAUGGUUUCCUAAAUGUUUUCAUGUACUUUGACUUUGAAGAAGACAGCGUGGAGAGUAUUCUUCUGUUUUAAAAAUAGGGACCCUGAGGAUGGAAGAGGAAGAGUGGUCUCCGGCCGGGUCACAGCCGGGUCACGGCGCCUGCCCAGCAGACACGUGGCUUGGCCUCAGGCCUUCCAGUUCUACAGGUGUAGCUCUUUCUGGUUGGCCGGGCUCCUCCAUGCUCCUGCUGAAACCCCCGGGGGGCUCUGCCGUUCCAGCCAGACCAGAUCCCCUCUUGGCCGUCCCCUCCCAUUUGUCCUUCCAGCCCCGUCUCCUCUGGGUCCCUCCCGGCAUCCUCAGCUCUGGGUCUGGAUCCACUUGCUGCUGCCUGUACUUACACACACGGCAGGAUCCUCCCUCCCCCCUUCUGCAGGUCCACAUCAUCUCCAGGCCCAGCUCCAGGGCCCCUCUUCCAGGAAGUCUUCCCUGACUGAGUUGGAGGGCAUCUGUCUCUACCUCCCGGAACUCCCCCGCACGUUGUCUGGCCUGUCCUCCAGCUUCCACCCACUCAGUCUUCUGAAGUGUGCACUUCUCCCCUGCUCCCUAUGCGGGAGCUUCCUGCGCCUUUGGUUACCUCCUUUCUCCAGCCCCACAUGGAAACCUCAGGGGAGAGGCCCAAAGUGUUCGUGAGGAAGUGAAUUGAAGGAAGGAACUCAGAAGAGUGACUCUUGGUAUUGUCAGAGCAAGAGGAGGCAGAGCUGGAGGAGUUCCUGUGCCCCGUGCAAACGCCCCCCGGGCUCGUGGGCGUGGCUGCUGCCCUGCAGCCGGUCCCUGCCCAGUCCUCGGCCCUUCAGAACAUUUCCCUCAAGCACCUGGGAACUGAAAUACAAAACACGAUGUACAACAUCCGAGGCAACAGGCAGGCGCAAGGAGCAGGCCACGGACCUCCAGGGGAGGAUUCUCCACCGAGCGGGGAGCCUGUGAGGGAGGAGCAGCCCUUGCCCCCUAACCCCAGUGCCCCAGGGGAUGAUCCAGCAGACUCUGCAAAGCCUGCCCCCAAGUCCUCUCUGACCGCCAAUCUCAUUCAGAAAGCCAAGCGCCAGAACAACACCUUCCCGCUCUUCAGCGAAGGACUCACGCGGAACCGGACUGCCCAGGAGAAAGUGUUGGCCUUGGAGCAGCAGGUUCUGAUACUCACCAAGGAGUUAAAGUCUCAGAAGGAGCUGGUGAGGAUCCUGCACAAGGCGCUGGAGGCUGCCCAGCAGGAGAAGAGGGCGUCCAGCGCGUACCUGGCGGCGGCCGAGGACAAGGACCGGCUGGAGCUGGUGCGACACAAAGUGCGGCAGAUCGCGGAGCUGGGCAGGCGCGUGGAGGCGCUGGAGCAGGAGCGGGAGGGCCUGGUGCAGACGGCGAGCCUGCGCGAGCAACAGGUGCAGGAGCUGCAGCGGCACGUGCAGCUGCUCAUGGACAAGAACCAGGCCAAACAGCAGGUCAUCUGCCAGCUCUUGGAGAAGGUCACCCAGGACUUCAUGCAGCCCCACAACCGGCCGCCCGCUCCCCCAGAUGCUGCCGACCGGGACUUCCUGAGCCAGCAGGAGAAGAUGGAGCACCUGAAGGAUGACAUGGAAGCAUACCGGACCCAGAACCGCUUUCUCAACUCCGAGAUCCACCAGGUCACAAAGCUCUGGAGAAGGGUGGCUGAGAGGCAGAAGGCCCUCCUGAUGAAGUGUGCCUACCUCCAAGCCAAGAACUGCCAGGUGGAGAGCAAGUACCUGGCGGGGCUGCGGAGGCUGCAGGAGGCCGUGGGGGACGAGGCCAGUGAGUGCUCGGAGCUGCUGAGGCAGCUCACCCAGGAGGCGCUGCAGUGGGAGGCCGGCGAGGCCUCGGCCGACAGCGGCGUGCUCAGCCCCAUCAGCAGCGAGUAUGACGAGUACGGCUUCCUGACCGUGCCCAACUACGAGGUGGAAGACCUGAAGCUGCUGGCCAAGAUCCAGGCGCUGGAAGUCUGCUCCCACCACCUGCUGGCCCACGAGGCUGUGGAGCGGCCGCGGCGGGAGCGCUGGGCUGCGCUAGGCGAGCUGGCGCCCUCGGCCGAGCUCAAGCAGCUGCUGCGGGCCGGCGUGCCCCGCGAGCACCGGCCUCGGGUCUGGAGGUGGCUGGUUCGCCGCCGCGUCCAGCACCUGCAGGCCCCCGGCCGCUACCAGGAGCUGCUGAGCCGGGGCCAGGCUUGCAGUCAGCCUGCCACCCGCCAGAUCGAGCUGGACCUGAACCGCACCUUCCCCAACAACAAGCAUUUCACCUGCCCCUCCUCCAGCUUCCCGGAGAAGCUCCGUCGGGUGCUGCUGGCCUUCUCCUGGCAGAACCCCUCCAUCGGCUACUGCCAGGGCCUGAACAGGCUGGCGGCCAUCGCUCUGCUGGUCCUGGAUGAGGAGGAGAGUGCCUUCUGGUGCCUAGUGGCCAUCGUGGAGUCCAUCAUGCCAGCUGAUUACUACAGCAAGACACUGACGUCGUCCCAGGUAGACCAGCGGGUGCUCCAGGACCUCCUCUCGGAGAAACUACCCAGGCUGAUGGCCCACCUGGGGCAGCACCGCGUGGACCUCUCCUUCAUCACCUUCAACUGGUUCCUCGUGGUCUUCGCAGACAGUCUCAUCAGCAGCAUCCUCCUCCAGGUCUGGGACGCCUUCCUGUAUGAGGGCACCAAGGUGGUGUUCCGCUAUGCCCUGGCCAUUUUCAAGUACAACGAGGAGGAGAUCCUGAGGCUGCAGGAUGGCCUGGAGAUCUGCCAGUACCUGCGCUUCUUCACCAAGACCAUUUGCGACAGCCGGAAGCUGAUGAGCAUCGCCUUCAACGACAUGAACCCGUUUCCUAUGAAGCAGCUGCGGCAGCUGCGGACGGCACAUGGGGAGCGGCUGGAGGCCGAGCUGCAGGAGCUGGAGCAACUCAAGGCCGCCUACUUGGAGACCCAGGCGUCCCGGCUCCCAGCGGUGCCCGAGGCCUGCGCCAGCGAGGACGAGCUGGACGGGGAGGCCUGACCCGGCCCACCCUCCACAGAGCCCCUUCUCGCCCCUGACUGGCAGGCCUCCAGGAGGACAGCUGUGGAGCCCUGGCACCAGGGGAUGCCCGGCAAGCCCCUUCGCAGCUCUGGGCCUCAGUCUCUCCACUGGCACACUAUCUGCUCAGGGCGAACCCAGGAUGCCCCCCUCUCCCGCGUCCUCCCCGAAGCACACAGACGAGCAAAGUGCUCUCUUUACAGGCUAACCCUGACCCUUCUCCCAGUGUCAUCUGUGUAAAACUGUGUGAAUACUGGAAAUAGUUUACAAGCUGUGGAACUUAAACGCUUCUCAGUAACCGGCCGUUCAGUGUCCCGCCACUGGGCCCUCCCAGCUGGACGUGCCAGACUGCUGUUCCGUGCACGUCCCGCCGGCCCGUCCCCUGCUGCCUCCCCAGGAGCUGGGGCCCUGCGCACUGAGGGCGCUGCCUUUCUGGGCCACGGUGCCUCCUUGAUGCUGGCUGGGCACCGAGGCCUAUGUCCUGGCCUUGCACCUGUGCUGUCCUUUCUGCUCACAGCCCACUGUGGCAGGGGGGACGGGGGGUCCGCAGGGGAAACCCCUGCCCACCAAGAGGACCCAAAACUUGGUUUCAGUGCUGGCCGCUUCCAGGCCCUUCCUCAGCAGACGAGGCUUCCCCCAGCCCCCUGGACCCAGGGAAGUGAAGGCCGCAGGUGUGGUUUUGGCAGCUGUUUCUCAGCAAGCGACUGCCCUGCUGCUACAGCCUUGAGCUCGGAAGUGUCCAGUGUGAGGGCGCGGGGUGGGGUUACCACAUGGGCAUCUCCAGCUCUGAUCUGAGGCUCCUGUCCAGGGCUGGGGGAGGAGGCCACGCCCAGCAUGGGACCAGGCACAGGCCCUCUGUCACCCACAGGUGCGAACUUGAGGGGUCAGCACCACAGACCCCCAGUCCCCCAAUCGCGUACCCUCCACGGCCCCACGCAGGGUCCUCUCCCCUGCAGUCGCCUGGGCUGCCGGCCCUGGGGAGGGGCCCCUUGACCGCCUUGCUCGUUUGUGCAAAGUUGUCUUCAUCGGCUGAGGGCUUCCACCACCAGACAGCACCUGUGAAGGUGGGGGAGCCUGGGGGGCCUGGCUGCAGCUCCCAGGGGAGUUAAAGGGGCUGAUGCCGCGGCUGAGCCUGGGCAGAGAGUGGCAUUUUUAUGAAGAAAACAUCACCGGGGGCCCUGAGGCCUAGGAAAGCCCAAGGCUCCAGGACCCACUGGCUCAGCUGGUCCCUCAGACUCCAGCCUUGAAUGCAGAUUUCCUCCUCAGCCAAAAAUAAAAUGGGCCGGCCCCGUGGCCGAGUGGUUAA